ACCACUGUUUGGUCGGGCAGCAGCAGAGUCGCAGCCAGUGUGGCAGCUGGGAAUGUGAGGGUUUCAACCUUCAAUACAGACCGCUAUUUUCAGGAUAGGGGACAGUAGCAGCAGGGCUUCGUCCCACAGCUCGACUCCAGCCAGCACACUCGCUUAAUUUGAAGUCCAAGCGUGCGACCUGCGUUUUCUGUCAGGGGUGUCGGCGCUCUCGGACCGCAUCCGAUGGUCAACGGACAGCCGUUGGUGGCUCACUGCGGGGCUGCACGCUAGAGGGAACAAGCCGGAGCACCCCCGGUCUGAGUACGUACGCCAACACGUUAACUCCUGCUCGGCGUGUCCGGUAAAGAAUGCAGUGAAGUGUCACGGGUUUAGUCAGUACAAUCUUUGAUGUAUCCCGGUGUGAAACGCUCGGUUAAAUGUGCCUGUUUCACCGCUACCAAACCACUCACGCCAACGACUAUGGACUGAAACCUGCGGCGGGGGCGAGCGACACACAACCUGCCGCGAUUUCCUGCAUGUGAAUAAAUAAAUGAUAGAGGAUACAAUGACCCUGCUGUCUCUGUUAGGUCGGAUCAUGCGUUAUUUUCUUCUCAGACCGGAGACCUUGUUCCUGCUGUGUAUCAGCCUGGCUCUGUGGAGUUACUUCUUCCAUACGGACGAAGUGAAGACCAUCGUCAAGUCCAGCCGGGAUGCGGUCAAGAUGGUCAAGGGGAAAGUGGCCGAGAUGAUGCAAAACGAGCGGUUCGGUGGGCUGGAUGUGCUGGACGCCGAGUUCUCCAAGACCUGGGAGUUAAAGAGCAACAACGUGGCCGUGUACUCCAUCCAAGGCCGGCGAGACCACAUGGAAGACCGGUUCGAGGUGCUCACCGACAUCGUCAACAAGAGUCACCCAUCCAUAUUUGGGGUUUUUGAUGGCCAUGGAGGAGAGGCGUUGAAGAAAGCAGAGAGAUGCUGUGUGGCCCAAGGCAACCCCAGGAAUACUGGCUGCCUCAGCUGGCUAGUUAGUGAGGCUGCUGCUGACUAUGCCAAGGCCCACCUGACUGAGGCUCUCCGCCAGCAGCUACUGACCUACGAACGGGAGAAAGAGCGAGACAGAGAAAAAGACAAGGAGAAAGAUGAAAAAAGGGAGGGGGGUGGCCUGUCCUAUCCUUCCAUCUUGGAGCAGCAGAUCCUCAAUUUGGACAGAGAAAUGCUAGACAAGCUCUCUGCCACUUACAAUGAAGCAGGUACUACAUGUCUGGUGGCCCUGCUGUCUGAUAAGGAGUUAACAGUGGCCAACGUCGGAGACUCGCGUGGAGUUCUUUGCGAUAAAGAUGGCAACGCCAUUCCUCUCUCUCAUGACCACAAACCUUACCAGCUCAAAGAACGCAAGAGGAUCAAGAAGGCUGGUGGGUUCAUCAGCUUCAAUGGCUCGUGGCGUGUCCAGGGCAUCCUGGCCAUGUCCCGCUCUCUGGGCGAUUACCCCCUGAAGAACCUCAACGUGGUCAUCCCUGAUCCUGACAUCAUGUCGUUUGACCUGAACAAGCUACAGCCGGAGUUCAUGAUCCUGGCGACAGACGGCCUGUGGGACACCUUCAGCAACGAGGAGGCGGUUCGCUUCAUCAGGGAACGACUGGACGAGCCUCAUUUUGGUGCCAAGAGCAUCGUCCUCCAGUCCUUCUAUCGUGGUUGCCCUGACAACAUCACGGUUAUGGUGGUCAAAUUUAAAGGCAAGGCCAGUGAGCAGUAGACUGUCCGUCUACCACACACAGGAUCUAUAUUAUGUUUUAAAAUCAGUAAGAAUAAAAUAGGCUUAAGAUGAAAGUGUGAAAAACCGAGCCCGUAACUUUUUUGAACGAGAACUAUUUCUAUCACAGGUAUGUACUUCAAUGUCCUCCCCUGUCCUCCCUCUCAUCCCCCCUCCUCUACUUUUACUGCUGAAAAAGUGGCACUUGUAAGAAUAUGUCUUUCAUUUAGGCUUAGCCAUAUCGUUCAGACACCGCAAUGCGCGCUGGGUCACUGUUAUGCAAAUAAACAGAUUUAGCUCUGUGCAGCUGUAGGUGAGCCCUUGAGUCUGCGUGUGUGUGUGUGGUUGAGAGGAGAAACAGUAAUAGAUGUCUGUCUUUGUGUGAUAAACUUGCACACAAGCAUCACAUUAAUCAUAAAUUCAUUGUUUAGCCAAUAAUGAGAAAUACAAGAGUAUACAAGAUAGUGUGGAGUUUCACUUCCACAUCAUUUCAAGCCUGAUGUCUUUCCCUCAACUAUUUGACUAUUGACCACUAAUUUUUAUAUUUUAAGUCUCUAAACUCAGUUUCCACAUAAUUUAAUUGUAUUGACGUCUACGAAGUGUCUGCACUGAAGAGUCUGCACUGAAGAGUCUGUCGUUUAAAAAUGUUGACAGGUCAUUUAUUCCUGGAUCAAAUACAUGUCACUGGUGCAAAUCCUCAAUAUGAAUUUAUUCUCUUUAUACAUGAACAACUCAAAUGAUAAUAUGCAUAUGCUUGUUUGAAUAUCACCCUUUCACGUUGUACAGCAAGGGAACCUAUUACAGCAUCAUAUCACACUUACUAGAUGUGGGAAUUCUCGAUGUCUGAAUAAAGUGUUUUGUCUUGAGUUGCCCAAUUUUAUAAGUUUAAAGUUUUAGUUCACUUAAAAUGAUUGCUGUCAGUUUCCGUGCAGAUAAAGUCUCAGUUCUGUUGUGAUUGUUUAUACAUUUCAAGACUUUUUAAAGCUGAGACUCCAGAUUGAUCUGUUCUGUCACUCUGUUUAGCAUCAACUUAUCAGUAUCCACAUAACUAUUGAUAAUGUAAUAACUGUUUGAUAAUUCAGUAGGUUGUCAAAUUGUAACCAAAUCUCACUUUAAAUGGGUGUAAAGUGUAACUUUUAAAAGCAGCAUCUUUUCAGAUAUUGUGGUGAUAAUGUUAACAUGGCAUUAUUACUCUAACUGCUAAUUAUUAUUUCUUAAGGUUUGUUAAGUUAUAUAUAUAAUAACUUUGAGUUAUCACAUAAUUGAAAUAAAAACUGGCAGUUAUGAUUUUAAUAUAAGAUGUACAACUAUACAUAACAUAAGAUGUAUUUUUAAUGGACUUAUUUUUUACAUAUUGACAUGCUAUUCCUUUAUCUGACUUUUCUUACAUUAUCGUUUACUACAUUGUACAUGAGAUAUAAAUAAACUGAAAUUGACAAUUUACUGUUAAUGUCAUCAGUUAAUGCCUUGCCAUUUUAGUUCCAUCAUUUUGAGACAAAUGUCAUUGUUCAAUCUCCAUUUCCCUGAACUGUAACUCAAAAUGGUACACGCCUUUCAAUGAAAUGUGUCAUUGUUGCCUUAUUUUUUUAACUGUUCAUUUCCUGUGAUGAAGUCUGCUGCCAAAACUUCUUCUCGGUUUUUAAUGUAACGCAGUUGAUCAUAUCAUGCACACUGCACGACCUCAGUGUCAUUCCUUGAUAACUCACGUGACAUUGUGAGAUGAAUGUACAUACUGUCACAUAAUGUUAGUAUCACCCCUCCACUGUUUAUACCGCAAUGAAGAACGCAAUGCGCCUGUUCCUGGACUGUUUAACUUCAGAAAUAUAUACCUGAUAAAACAGUUUGUGCUUUUUUAGUUCACAUUCUUCCUUGACAGUGUACAUUACAGAAUGUUUGUGGCAUUUGUACUUGUUUUUGUUGACUUUAAUAGACUGAAAAAUAAAAUGUAAAUCAAAAGGUAACAUUAAAAUGAGAGAUGAUCAUGUACUA